GCAGCCCUGAUGAUCUACAUUCUUUAACAGGGCACUCAUCACGCGCACACUGCUCCGCUCGUUGAGUGUUUACGGUAGCUCGCGCCUCUCGUCCUGAGUGAAACUAGUAGUUAAUCGCUCAUUUCGUGAGUGUAGGUUGACAGCUCUCUCCUUGUUGCUGAGUCGUCCCGGUACUUCACGUCAAGAUUAUGGGCUUUGAUCUAGACCGUUUUGAAGGUCCUGUGGACCCGGACUUAAUCUGUAAACUGUGUGGGAAGGUUUUAGAAGAUCCUCUCAGCACUCCGUGCGGACAUGUCUUCUGCGCCGCGUGCGCGCUCCAGUGGCUCGCCAAAGUCGGCAGCUGCCCUGUCCAGUGCCAGAAGAUCUCCACCAAAGAGCUGAACCACGUCCUGCCCCUAAAAAACCUCAUUCUCAAGCUGGACAUCAAAUGCGACCACCGUGAACGAGGCUGCAACCGGGUGAUGAAGCUCCAGCAUCUGCCAGAGCACGCGGAGGCGUGCGAAUUCUUUCCGGUCAGAUGCGAGAAUGAAGGAUGCGACGCGGUGCUCAACUUGAGGGAUGUGGCCUCACAUAUGCGGGAGAGAUGCGAGCACAGGGCGGUGGAGGACUGUAAGGAUGGAUGUGGGCUCGCGCUGACCCUCAAGGAGAGGUCGGAGGACCACAGCUGUCUCCAAGCUCUUAGGACACACAGCGGUCUCCUCCAAACCAAAGUGCUGAGUCUGGAGAAGGAGCUGAAGCGCCAGUCGCUGAGCUUCAGUAAGAGGGAGAGAUCCCUCCUCUCCAAACUCUCCGCGCUCCACUGCGAGCUGCACAUCACAGCGCUCACAUUUCAGAAGAAAAUCACCGAGUACAAGAACAGGAUUGACGCGCUGUCAAGCAGCUGGAUGCCUCUCGAUAAGGGUGAAGAAACAAGGAGCCUCAAAGUGACCCUCCAAAGAACAUCAGGAUCUCUUGGAUUCAGUAUCAUUGGAGGAAGAUUGUGUGGGGAACCAGAGCAGCAUUGGGAUUUCAGUGAUGGCAUCUAUGUAUCCAAGAUAGUGGAAAACGGAGCAGCUGACAAGGCUGGACUGCAUGUUCAUGACAGGAUCAUUGAGACCGGAUGAAGGCCAAAAUGCUGGAUGCACUCAAACUCCACACUGUGGAAGAAAAAGGUCACCAAGACAGCCACUAGACAGAUGAAAGCCAAAGGAGAUGGACAUCAUACCGCUAGUCUGAGCUGCUCAACUGGUGCCAGUGUUUUCACAGUCUGUCUGUUAGAUUUGUCAGAUCUAGUCAGACUAACAAUGUUGGCGCCAUUGUAGGUUGAUUUCACACUGGGCAGACUUCUUUAAAAUGGGUGUUAGUCUGUUCAUCCAGCAGUACGGUUUCAGAUUUUCAACCGGAACAAAGUGUUUCAUAUAUAAAAGAGAAUGUUUUCUAUUAGGGCACAUAACAAUGACAACACAACAUCAAGAUAGAUCUACAAAAUGUGACAUCUGUGCCCAUCCAGAAUGCUGUUAAAACAUCGGCUUUGUCAUUGAAUGUCUAAGAAAAAACCCAUGUUUUCAUUGCCUUUUUCAUUUCAUUGGCCUCUUAUAUGAGCAGAGCAGAGUAAUGAUGAUUUCUUUCUUGACUCGCUUUGUCUCAUGUGGGCUCUUUGCCAUUUGUCUGACAUGAACAUAAUAAUGGCAGCAGUGCCUUUAGAAAUCUGUGCAUCGUACUCUAUUUGUUCCCCAAAGAAUGCAUGAUACAACUGUUGGUUUCAAAGAGAAAGUCAGCCAUGUAGCUCUUGUGGUGGUCUCAGGGUUCACUUUCAUAAACAGAGAAAGUACAACUUGUUCAGAGAUGACGUUUUAAACGUGUAUGCUGUUAUUUUUUUUUUUGUGUGUG